AUGUCCUUGAGAACACCAACGAAUAUUAAUGUAAAAAAUGGAGAUGGAUGCGCCUUUAUUACAUGGUCUACCGUUCCAAAUGCAACCAUGUAUGAAAUUCAGAUUAAAAAUCAAAAGACGUGGCUGUCAGAAAUGUCGCGAACAAGUAUCAACUACUUUGUGCAAAUGAAUUUGAUCAAUGGACAGUGUUAUAUAGUUCAAAUCAAAGCGAUAAAUGAGAAGUCGAUAAGUCCACCUUCUUCAGAUGUCAAAAUACGGCCUCGAGCAUGUCAAUGCUUAUUUGACUUUUCAGCUAAACGUAUAGGGAAUUCAUGUCAAAUCAGAUUGAAAUGGACAGCAAUACCAACAAACGUUGGUUAUCACAUCGAGAGAUGUGAUAUUGGCCAUGCUAAUAAGUACUUCACUAUAAACAAUAUCACAGAUAAUAACGUAUCAACUAUCACUGAUCAAACUUCUUGUGAUAUGACUAAACUACAGUGUGCAGGUCAUUUUUAUAAAAUUUCAGCAAGUGAUGCACCAUGGUUACCGAAUGGAUCAAAAUCAACUGCGAUGGUUUUGUGUAUAAAACAAUCGCAACUAACCGUUUCCGCACAACCAAUAACAAGUGUUGUGUCUACUGCGGCAUUAUCAUUACCAACAGCUUCGACGGCCAAGCCAGUUGUUGAUGCUAAAGAUAUGGGUUUAGUCGAAAAAAUGCAAUUGCUUAUAGGAAUGAGACGUGAAGUUAUGCCGGGGAUAAAAAAUAAGUCAGACACGGAAAACAGCACAGCCCACGCUACUGUUUCUGUAACGCCACAGACCGAUAUUAUAGUGGUAUGCUCCUCUUCUGAAUAUUUAUUCAACGCUAUUUGUAAAGCUGGUGGUGACUUUUUUAAAGCUUCAUAUGAUACACAGUUAAAACAAAAUCCUGAUUCAUGUAUCAUUGCUGUUAAAGCUGAAGGACAGCUCGCAUCAAAAAUGGUUUAUUUCCUUCCGUGGAAAAAAGAUUCCGAUGCAUUGCUUCUUCAUAAAUCUUUUGAAAAGUUUGUUUCUGAUGCUGUAGAAAAAGCAGUACUAGAAAAGUAUCAAAGUAUCGUAUUUCCAGCUAUCGGUUGCGGGAAGUUCGGAUGUUCAAUCACUAUUGUCGCACAAGCGAUGGUUGGAGAAGCUCAUCGAAUGUUUCAAAAAUAUCCUAUUUCGAUUUCGUUUAUUAUUCAACCAGAAAGAACUGAUAUUUACGAUGAAUUUAAAAAGAAACUCAAUGCAUUGCAAUCCUCACAGUCAUUCACACUACAACAACCAAUAAUAUCAACGUCAUCCGUGUCCGCACCACAACAACCAAUAAUAUCAGCAUCAUCCGUGUCCGCACCACCGCCACCAAUCGAACCAGUGAAAACAAUCACUUUAGCUGUCAACAAAGGAACUAUUGAAGUGGAGAAAGGUGACAUAACAGCACAAAAGGUCGAUGUCAUCAUUGGAAGUUCCUCAUCACAAAUUUUAAAACAAGCAAUCAUAAAGGUUGCUGGUGAUCACGUUAACAAAUCAUACAAUGAUGAAUGCAAGAACAAUUCAAACGCUAUAUUAAUUUCCACACCACCUGGUAAUUUACCCUGCAAACGAAUAUUUUUUGUUAAAUGGGAACCUAACAGAGAUGAACAAAUACUUCGUCAAUCUCUUACUGAUUUAAUUUGGACUGUCAUACAAAAUGUGCUAUCAUAUAACUUUACGUCGUUUGCAUUCCCAGCCCUUGGAUGUGGACAGCAUGCUUGUUCUGUAGAUGUUGUAGUGAAAACAAUGGUGAAAGAGGUUAAAAAUCAAUUAACUAUGAGAAAUACGCCGCUUGCAGUGAAGUUCAUAAUACAACCUAAUCAACAAAAUAUUUAUGAUGAAUUUUGUAAGCAAGUAUUAGCAACAAAAGACGGAGAUAUUCGAGAAUCAUUCGAUUAUCAGCGACCCAUGGCGUGGGAAAAAUCCAAUGAAAAGAAAAUACGUUUUGAGUUAUCAAAUACAACAGAUGAAUAUAAAUCAAUCUCAACUAAUUUUGAUCAGGUUAUGAAAGGAAAAUACACACAAAUUAUACGAAUAGAGCGUGUUCAGAAUGAACGAUGGUAUAUUCAAUAUUUCGCACAUAGUCAGCAUUUUAAAGCACGUCUGAGUACCGACACCGAAAAAUAUUUGUAUCACGGCUGUCCUGAUAAUGCCGCUAAUGCAAUUAUGGACGAUUGCUUCAAUCGAAGUUUUGCGGGUGUUAAUGGAACAGCGUAUGGUGUCGGUGUUUAUUUUUCAUCAAAUGCAGCUUAUAGUCAUACCUAUACAAAACCAAAUGGAAUUGGUGAACGUAACAUGUUCUUAGCACGAGUUCUAGUUGGAAAUACAACAAAAGGUAACGGCUCAAUGAAGACUCGACCUAUUGGGUUCGAUUCAACAACUGAUGGUAGUCAUAUUUUUGUCACUUAUCACGAUGCUCAAGCUUAUGCAGACUACUUAAUUACUUAUAACUUUGAAUAUAUAAUAAAAGAAAAUAUUGUUACUAAAUUUCGAAAUGAACUCGAAUUAACGAAGAUAAUAAACUCUCGAAAUUCAAAUAAUAAUCAUAUACGAACAGUUGAGUUUAUUGUUAAAUAUUUAUCAGAAGACAUGAAAAGUGGUCUCGAAGCAGAAUUAAAAUAUUAUAAGAAAGAUAUUAAUAUUAUGGCUCAAGAUAAUAAGAAUCAACUCGAUUAA